AUGUAUUGGCAACCGGGGAACCCCGGGGAGCCCCUCAUCCCGCGUUCAACCGGACCGGUCGACCCCCAUUGCACACAAACCCGACGGGCUGCUUGUCUUGCACCUAUCUCCGUCUGCAGCCAGGCACUCCUCAACGCCCUCCUCCCAACCACCGACUCCGGUCGACCCCCAUCGCACACGCACCUGACGCCGGACGGGCUGCUCGUCUGGCCCACCUGUCUCUUUCUGCUCAGCCAGGCCCUCCUCGACGCCCUCCUCCCAACCGCCAACUCUGGUCAACCCCCAUCGCAUACGCCCGGACGGGCUGCUUGUCUUGCCCACCUGUCUCUGUCUGCUCAGCCAGGCCCUACUGCCAACCGCCGACUCCGGUUGACCCCCAUUGCACAUGCACCCGACGCCGGACGGGCUGCUCGUCUCGCCCACCUGUCUCUGUCUGCUCAGCCAGGCCCUUCUUGA